UUGAUAAACCACUAACACCACCACCAUAUUCGAAUCACCCAAAAAAAACCCCUCUCACUCCAGAAACACGACUUCAAGUCUCUCUCAGUCUCUCUCUCUCUCUCUCUCUCUAAAAAGUUACAGUCAUGAGUGGUAACUCAGCUCAUCAGACCUCUGGCUGUUUCAAUGGCAUCCUGCGCCGGCUUUUGUGCAAUGGAAGCGUUCCAACACACCCAUCAGAUCAAAUUCCAGAAUCUAACACUACCCAACUCGCAAAAUCCUCCAGAAAACAAAACCCUGAUCCCAAAAUUCAAUCUUCAGCUUCUGUCACGCCUGGAAUCGUGGCAAGGCUGAUGGGUUUGGACUCGUUGCCGGAAACAAAUUGGGUUUCAAGAGCCCCGGAGUUGGUCAGUCGAAGUAGGUCGUUGAGUUUUGCAGAUUACUUGAUGGGUUUUGACUCGAAUGAUCAGCAGGAUCAUCCGCAUCGUAGGGUUCGAACCUCGGUUUCUUUUCGUGAAGUUCCGGAGGUUAUGCAUCGUCAGAAGAACAGCCAUGAUUUUCUGGUUGUGUGUUUGGACAAUGUGGGUGAGAAAUCGAAGGGAGUUGGGUCGAUGGUGAAGAAAUCUGAGGUGGGGUUUGGGGAACUGGGGCAGGGGAAGAAGGAACAGAGUAGUAAGAAGAACAAGGUGAAGAAUGAUGAGAUUAUGAAGGAGAAGAAGAAGGAAAAAACUGUAAUGAUAAAGCAAAACAAGAAGAUUUCUAGGUUAAAAGAUGAGCCCAGAAGGGAAAUUGGUGCAAAAUCUUCGAAGGGUUACAAAAAUGUUGGUGCGAAUUUGAAGGGGGAGAGCGGAAAUCUUGCAUUGAAGAAAGCAACCGAGAAGAAGAAAGUUGUGGUGGAACCAAAAAUCAAGAAGAGAAACCAUAAAAAUGAAGCUGAGAAGGGAAAAGAGGCUGCUGAAUUUCAUGGCUCCUCAGAGAACGAUGCAAGCCCUGUUUCAGUUCUUGACAUUGAUGACAUGUUGAUCGAGCAUGAAGCUUGGUUAUCAGGAUAUUCAAUUCCCAUGGAUUUGAACUCCACUGUGAAACCGUCACCAAAAGCUCCUUUUAGUGACAGCUCAGAAGUGAAGGCAGCAAAAAGGAAAGAUUUUGAGCCGAUUAACGAAGAGGAAACCAGAGACUACGCAAAGCUGCUGGCUUCCAAAAUCCAAAAUUGGACGGAGGAGGAUUUGAAAGAAUCAAACUGGGUGGCCAAGAAUGUGGUCGGGUUCGAAGGUUUCGAUGAAAUCUGCGAGGAAUUUGAAGGGCGGAUCCUUGACACGCUAUUGCACCAGGCCAUUGAUGAAUUUAUUGAGAUUUCUUAUGAAAAUAUGUGGGGAAAUCUGUGGACUUGCAAUGCUGCUAGUUGAAGAACUAAGAAACUUCUGAAAUGUUGUAAAUAUUCAAGUUUCUCCGUCCAGAACUUUGAAACCCUAGACUUUUGGUUGAAGCUUCAACCCUUCUAUUUUGGUGUGAAAAGAGUUUGAGACUUUUAGCGACAACUGAGGCAUUGCCUGCAAGUAUAUCAGCAACGAAAAUUUAAUUUAAUUUCAAUAAUUUUA